AUGACUGUAACCAACGGCCGCAAUGGGAACCCCUCCAUGACCACAACCACCCUCCAUAGGGCUGAAGAAGUAGACGAUCUUAUCAACGCCGUUCGUGGUCUCAUCGUGCCUUACAUUAAGGCCGCUGAUGAUGCUGCCGCAGACCGUGCCACUGGAGAUAUUACACCCGACUCAUUCGGGGUAAAAGACAAUGUCUUGGUAGACUUUCAAAAACCUGAACAGCUUGCCCAGCGCCUCAAAUUCUCUUUGCCGAACCAUGGACAAGGCAAGGAUGGUCUGUUGGAUAUUGUUCAACAAGUACUAAAGAACAGUGUCAAUACUUGGGAUCAGGGCUUUCUUGAUAAGCUUUAUGCAAGCACGAAUGCAGUUGGCGUGGUAUCAGACAUGGUUCUGUCCCUGCAUGUUUUCCAAGUCUCUCCUGCUCUCACCAUUAUUGAGAAGACUACAGCAACGACGCUAGCCCAUUUGUUCGGCUUCACCGGAGCACGAGCGGGUGGUAUCUCCUGCCAGGGUGGAAGCUCUUCGAACCUAACUUCUCUUGUGGUUGCUCGCAACACUUUGUUCCCCGAGUGCAGAACUGAGGGAAACGGCAAGCAUGAUUUUGUGGUUUUCACAAGUGCGCACGGCCACUACUCGGUUGAAAAGAGUGCCAUGAUCUGCGGUAUGGGCUCCAACAGCGUUUGGCCUGUUCCUGUGAACGAGGUCGGAUGCAUGAAACCCGAGGCUCUUAGAGAGUUGGUUCUCAAGGCCAAGUCUGAGGGCAAGACGCCCCUUUAUGUCAACUCUACAGCCGGAACUACUGUCAUGGGCUCAUAUGAGCCUUUCGAGGAGAUCUCCAAGAUUUGCAAGGAGUUUGGUCUAUGGAUGCAUAUCGAUGCUAGCUGGGGUGGCCCGGCUAUCUUCUCCUCAAAGCACAAGUAUAAGCUUAACGGAUCCCAUCUUGCUGAUUCACUGACGGUAAACCCUCACAAGAUGAUGAACGUCCCUGUCACCUGCUCAUUCCUCCUGGGCCCUGACAUGAGCAUUUUCAACAAGGCUAACAGCACCGCUGCUGGCUACUUGUUCCAUACUAACGACGGCGGUGACUUCUGGGAUAUUGCAGAUCUGACACUGCAGUGUGGCCGUCGUGGCGACAGUCUCAAGCUUGCAUUGGCCUGGAUCUACUAUGGUGCGGCCGGUUUUGAGAAGCAAAUCGAUCAAGCAUUCGAGCAGGCUGCCUACCUAGCCAAUCUCAUCAAGCAAAGCGAUAACUUUGUCCUUGUGUCGCAAGAUCCUCCUCCCUGUUUGCAAAUCUGCUUUUACAACGCCCCUGGAGGAAUCCUGCCCGACAACAACGAGGAGAACACCCUCCGAACUAAGACGAUGGUCGAGAAGAUGAUUCUUCGAGGAUACAUGGUUGAUUAUGCACCAGGACCCAAGGGCAGCUUCUUCCGUGUUGUGGUCAACUGUCAGACUUUGACAGGAACUGUCGAGGGUCUUGUCAAGGGUCUCGAGGAAGUUGGACGCGAGUAA